AAUACGUCAACGUCAUUUUUCAAGUGAACUAAUCAACCACGCCAUCUGCGCCAUCAUUUCGUUUCUUUCGUCUACGGGCAUUUCACCGUUCGCCAUGUGGGAAAUUGCAUUGAAUAUUGAAAAUUCAUAAAAGUGUUUGAUAAAAUAAGUUAUAAUUUAAACAAUUCAGCAUAUUAGUACUUAAUUACGUGAGUUAUUUUUCUCGUGCUUGUGAGGUUAUGAACCAGUAAACAUGGAAGAAGCUGCUAUUGGAAAAAACAAUAUUUGCUCUACAGUUGCAAUAAGAUAUCGGUUCGUGUAUGAAAAUGUUGGCGGUGGUGAGCCCGAACUCCAAUUUUCAUCGCAUCCUUUAAUUAAAUUACAAGUCGAAGUACCUAAAGACGAGAACAAAGAAGAACUUCUACCCGAAAACGUAGAAUACGAAGACGACGUUGCGUAUUUACGUAGUCUCGAUCCUAAAGAAUGGAAAUCGCAAGAUCAUUACAAAGUUUUGGGUAUACCGAAUUUGAGAUAUAAAGCUACAGACGAAAUUAUUAAAAACGCUUAUAGAAAAAAAGUUUUAAAACACCAUCCUGAUAAACGAAAAGCUUUAGGGGAAGAAAUAAAACCCGACGAUGAUUAUUUCACUUGUAUUACAAUGGCUUAUGAAACUUUAGGAAAUGUAAAUAGGAGGAGAGCAUAUGAUUCGGUUGAUCCACAAUUCGAUAACGAUUUACCUUGUAAUAGUGAUAUUAAAAAGGACUUUUUUAAAACUUUUACACAUUAUUUCGAACUUAAUUCUCGAUGGUCCGAAAAACCGAACGUACCCAAAUUAGGCGACGUAAAUUCUUCCAGAGAAGACGUCGAAAAAUUUUAUUCUUUUUGGUACGAUUUCAAAUCUUGGAGAGAAUAUUCUUACGAAGACGAAGAGGACAAAGAUAAAUGUCAAGAUCGUGACGAAAGGAGAUAUGUGGAUAAGUUGAAUAAAGCCGAUCGCUUGAGGAAGAAGAAAGAAGAAAUGUCAAGGAUUCGACAAUUAGUCGAUUUAGCGUACAGCAACGAUCCGAGAAUCGCCAAAUUCAAACAAGACGAUAAAGAUAGGAAAUUAGCAGCGAAGAGAGCGAAACAAAACGCAGUUCAAGCGAAAAAAGAAGAAGAAGAGCGAAUUUUACGUGAAGCCCAACUAGCUAAAGAACAAGCUGAAGCAGCGGAACGUGCUAAAAUAGAAGCUAAAAGACAGGAACGCGAAGCGCAAAAGAAAGCUCUUAAAAAAGAAAGAAAAACCCUUAGGGAUAUUUGUAAAUUGAACAAUUAUUACACUGAAGAUGCAGAAGAAAAUUUAUCCCGUAUGACAGCGAUCGAAGGGAUGUGCGAGCGGUUAUCUUUAAAAGAAUUGGAAGAUUUGAAUAAAAAUUUGAAAAAUAACGGGAAAAGCGCGUUCCUUAAAGCGAUCAAAGAAAACGAAGCGUUCUUACAAAAAGAACGAUUGGAAAUACUGAACGCUACUAAGAAAAGCGAUACAGGAAAUAAUACACCAGCAGUAGUUAUGGUAGCACCGGAUUGGAACGAAGAUAACAUACAGUUACUGGUAAAAGCGGUUAAUCUCUUUCCUGCCGGUACCAAUCAAAGAUGGGACGUCGUGGCUAAUUUCAUCAACCAGCACGGUACUUUUUCGGAAAAUAGUAACAAAUUCAAUGCGAAAAUGGUACUAUCGAAAGCGAAAGAUCUCCAAAACACGGAUUUUUCCAAAAAUAAUCUAAAAGAAGUGGCGAACAAACAGGCCUUCGAUAAUUUCAAGAAAGAUAAGAAGAACGUGCUGAACAUCGGCGAAUCGGAUAUAUCGAAAAAAUUGGAGGAGGAUAAUAGGAAAUCGGCGACGAACGGCGAAGUGAAAAUUUGGACGACGAACGAACAACAAUUGUUGGAACAAGCUUUGAAAACUUAUCCGGCUUCGACGCCGGAACGGUGGGAUAGGAUAGCGGAAUGUUUACCGGACAGAUCGAAAAAGGAAUGUAUGAAACGUUAUAAGGAUUUGGUGGAAACAGUGAAGGCUAAAAAAGCGGCCCAAGCGGCCAUCAACAAAUAAUAUUUUCGAUUUUUGUAUUUUAGGCGAAUGAAUUGGAAUUAUUGACGACGAAAAUAUUUUAUUUUGUCGUUUUUGAUCGAAAUAUAUGACAAAGUUACUGAGUUUA